UAAUCUUUUCUUUGUCUGAUUAGUUAUCUAAACAGUUCAGAGGCUUCAGCAGUGAGACGCUCUAACAAAGAUGGCUGAACUCCAGCAGAGCAACAACCAGCAGGGUUUCCUGUCUCCUCUGUCCGUGCUGAAUGAGAUGGAGCUGAGGGAAGCCAGAGACGCCUUUGCUAAGCUGGAGGAUGAAUUUGGUAAAGAGUACACUCAGUACAGCCUCCACAACGUUCACCUCCAGUAUCCCUGGGUGAUGAGCCUGACCAAACAUCCCCGUAUCCUGCAAGUGAUCCAAGCUGUCCUGGGCCCAGACGUCCUCCUGCUGGACUCUCGUUUCAUCUGUAAAUACCCGAUUCUCAAACCAGCCAACAUCCUGGAGAAUGAAGGAAGUCCGACCAAGUCUGAUGGGGAGAACGGUCUUCCUUACGUCGCCUGGCAUCAGGAUAUGAGGUAUUGGGGAAUUGCUGGUGGUCCGGUCCUCUCUGCGUGGCUCGCUCUUGAUGACUCACAGAAGGAAAACGGAACCCUUCAGGUUAUUCCAGGAAGCCACUGCUCUGGCAUGCUACCCCAUCGCCAAGCCACCCGCUCUGGAAACAUGCUGUCGGUCAACCAGGAGAUCCCAGAGGAGCUGGUUCAGGUGGAGGAGACUGUGUUCUGUCCUCUGAAAGCUGGACAGAUGUCUAUUCAUGAUGGAUUUCUUGUCCAUGCAAGUGAUCCCAACACGUCCCGGAGGAGGCGCUGUGGCUUUGUGAUCCGUUAUGUUCCCACCUGUGCAAACCCCAUUCAGGAUCCUGAUCGACCCAGGAAGUUUCAUGCAACAAUGUUGGCUUGUGGAGAAGACCAGUUCAAUCAUUUCUCCAACAAAAGCUCAUGAAGGAUCAACCAUGUGGCUGGCAGCAGUCGUUCAUCAAAGUCUUUUCUGUGUUUAUCACCAUCUCAUUGAUUUAUGUUACUAACUAUGAUGAUGAACUGAAUUGUCUCUGAAACAUAUAAACAACCCUGCUGUUUUAUGUGGUUGAAAAAGUAGCUUUGUUACAAACAUAAAAGCACUUUCUUACAUUUAUAGUGGAUCUUGUUUCAUAACGUAAAUAAGACGUGAACAUGCUUAGAUGUGGAAAGUAAAAUGUAACGUUUUCCAGGGGGUUAGGAGGCAUUACAUUCAUGUGUUCAAGUAAAUUAUAAUUUCUUU